AUGUCGGGCGGCAGUGGCGCAGUGGAUCCCGAAAAACGACGAGCGUCUGUACUCGAUGGUAACGCUUCAAGAGAGAAACCGGCUCCUUCCGACGGUGGCUGGGGGUGGCUCGUGUGCCUGGCGUCCUUCUGGGUGCACGGCGCAGUGUUCGGCCUCAUCAACUGCUUCGGAGUGCUCUACCCGGAGAUCUACAGGCUGACGGAGGAUGACGAGCGAGCGUCCUUCCACACCUCCCUGGUUGGCUCUGUGUGCGUGGGCGCCACCUUCUCGCUGUCCCCCGUGGCAAGCCUCCUGGCGGACCGGAUUGGCUUCAGGAGUACAGUGAUCUCGGGAGGCCUCCUGGCCGCGUCGGGGCUCCUGCUAAGUUCCUGGGUGCUUCAGGUGCCGCUCCUAUGGAUCACAUACGGCGGUCUCGUCGGCGUGGGCGCGUCCCUGUCAUACGCUCCUUCCCUGGCAGUGCUGGCGCUGCACUUCGACCGGCGCCUGGGCCUGGCCAACGGAAUUGCGUCGGCCGGUAGCUCGGCCUUCACCAUGCUGCUGCCGCUACCGCUCUCGGCCCUGCUCAGGCAGCUGGGCCUCCAGAAGACGCUUUGGGUCCUGGCCGUUCUUCUCUCGACAGUGGCGGUUGCAGGCCUGACCUUCAAAAGCACCCGGAACGUCGUGGCACACGAAAGGGGAUUUCGGGACGAGGAGGAACAUCCCAGAGAGUGCUGUGCCCUGAUCCACAGGUCGCUGUGGACCAACCGAAAAUACAUUCUCUGGGUAACUGCCGUGCCCUUGGCGCUGUUCGGCUACUUCGUUCCUUACGUGCACCUGGUGCAGCACGUGUCUCAAAUACUGCCAGGAGCAAACGGCGAGUCCCUGCUGACUUGCAUGGGAGCCACUUCCGGGAUCGGUCGGAUCGUGUUCGGCAGGAUAGCUGACCUUCCAGGCGUCAAUGCCCUGGUGCUGCAGCAGGUCUCCUUUCUGGUGAUGGGCCUGCUGACUAUGUGCAUGGCAGCGGCGAGCCACUUCGCCGUCCUGGUGGCGCUGUGCCUGGCGCUGGGCCUGUGCGACGGCUGCUUCAUCUCGCUCAUUGGGCCCGUGGCCAGGCUCAUCGCGGGCUCCUCGGGCACCUCGCAGGGCAUCGGCUUCCUCCUCGGCGCCUGCUCCCUGCCACUCACCGCUGGACCCCCCAUCGCAGGGAUGCUGUACGACAGCAUUGGCAACUAUUCCCUGGCAUUCCUGCUGGCCGGGGUGCCCCCUGUUCUGGCAUCGCUCCUGAUGUGCUGCAUACACUUCGUCGGAGAUGUGAGUUUCCAUCUGUGCGUCUUUCGGCAACCGCGCAUGAAGUAA